AUGGAGAACGUGAGUAGGUUUCUAACCCCCAUUAACAGUUCCCUGGCAAACCCAAUUUCUGCCGGCACUGGUUCAAUCUACAAGUCCAUAGAGUACAAAAGUGUUUCAGUGCUGCUUGUGUUGACCAUCUGUGGAAUCGGUAUUAUCGGGAAUAUGAUGGUGGUGCUGGUGGUUCUGACCACCAGACACAUGAGAACCCCGACUAAUUGCUAUCUCGUCAGUCUCGCCGUGGCUGAUCUGAUGGUCCUAGUGGCCGCAGGGCUUCCCAACGUCUCUGACAGUCUGACCGAGGCAUGGAUCUAUGGGCAUGCGGGCUGCCUGGCCAUCACUUACCUCCAGUACUUGGGCAUCAAUGUGUCAUCCUGCUCCAUCACAGCAUUCACCGUGGAAAGAUACAUCGCCAUCUGCCACCCGAUGAAAGCCCAUUCCAUAUGCACCAUAUCCAGAGCCAAAAAAAUCCUAGCCUUCCUCUGGACCAUCACCUCCUUCUAUUGCAUGCUCUGGUUCUUUCUGGUGGACAUCAACAUCAACAGCAGGCAGCAUGCCGAGUGUGGUUACAAGGUCUCUAGGAACCUGUACUUGCCCAUCUAUUUCAUUGAUUUCACCAUCUUCUACGUCAUUCCUCUGGUAGUGGCCACAGUGCUAUAUGGACUGAUUGGCCGGGUGCUCUUCCUCAGUCCAAUUCCUACCAGGAUGGAGAUGGGAGUCAAGAGUUGGAAGGAGCGUACUGAGGCAGAACGCAAGAGCUCGGAGUCUCCUGGUGGUACUGUCUCAUGCCGGAUAAGCAAAGGGGCCAUCUCGUCCAGAAAACAGGUUACUAAGAUGCUGGCUGUGGUGGUCAUUCUCUUUGCUUUGCUCUGGAUGCCAUACAGGACAAUUGUUGUGGUCAAUUCCUUCAUAGAGAAACAAUACGACAAUGCUUGGUUCCUUUUAUUUUGCAGACUUUGUGUGUACGCCAACAGUGCUAUCAAUCCGGUCAUUUAUAACCUAAUGUCUCAGAAAUUCAGAUCCGCUUUCAAAAAACUGUGCCACUGCAGCCACGACGAUUCCCAGCGCCAUCCCUUGUACAGAAACCCAGUGAAUUACAGUGUGGUGCGGGAGACAAUCAACCGAAGCCCUGAAGUCAAUGGCCAGAAGCAAGGCAAGGCACAGGCUCAAGAGAGCAAAGGCAUCGGCACCAACAAGGAAGAUCCUAAACUUACCACAGAAGAGGAGAUGUACUUCAGUGUUGUUUGA